AUGACAAAUUAUGAACCCACAAUCUCUCUUUUAAAAAAAUCAAGUAGUGAUUUAAAAGUUAUUGGUAUUGUUUUGGUAGAGUCAUGUCCUGAGUAUCCAAAACCGAUUCCGUUGGAUCAAUCGAAUCCACUUCUGAUCGAGGCAUACCAACAAGUAGAUCAGAUGAUACAAAGUAGAAUGAAUCAAUAUGGUAUCAAAAGUUUUAUUGCAUCUAUUGUAUACCUUGAUGAACUGGUAUGGUAUAAAGCAUAUGGACAUAUCAAUCCACUCGAUAACAGUAGCACUCCUCUAACAGUUGACAGCAAUAUAAGAAUAGCAAGUAUUACAAAGGUUUUCACUGAUAUUAUGAUGUUCCAAUUGAGAGACAAAGGAUUGUUGGAUUUGGACGAUGAACUCGUUAAAUAUAUUCCGGAGUUUAAUAUGAAAAAUCCGUAUCCAACAAAGCGUGGAAUUACUUUACGCCAGUUAGCUUCACACCAAGCUGGACUUCCUCGUGAGAUUCCAUGUCAAUUUAAUGAAAGAGCAACUUCUUCCUGUACUGAAAAGUUGAUACUUCAACGUUUAUCCAACCAAUAUCUUAUAUUACCACAAUACUCCACCUCUCAUUAUUCUAACCUUGGCGUUUCACUACUUGGUCAUGCAAUGGAGCGAAUCAAAAGAGUCAACACCUACGAACAAUAUAUCAAAGACAAUAUACUUGUACCACUUGAAAUGAAAAGUACUACAUUCAACUACAAUAAGAUUAAAGAUAAUUUAGCUGGUGGAACAAUUAAGCUUCCGAAUGGUAACUAUAUAGAAUCUACUCCUUUUACAGUUGGAUGGGGUUCUCCUACCGGUGGAUUGUUCAGUACCGCUCGUGACAUGUCAAAAUUCAUGAUAUUCCUGCUUAAUACACUGGACGGUAACAAGAACAACUAUGUAAAUGUAAAUAAGUACUCUAAAGUUCUCGAUCCAUCUACUUUAAAUGAAGCUCAAGAAGCCAUUGCUUUGAUUGCAGAUGGUUCCUCUGCAAUGGGCACUCCACUCAAGAUGUCCUACGACCAAACCAAUCAGUUAUGGUCAAAGAACAAAAAUGGUGCUCAAAGUGGCUACCUCACUAACAUGGCACUGAUUCCACCAUUCCAAAUUGGUCUGUUCUUUGGUGCUACACCCAACAUUAACUCUGAAGAUAUAUUUACCAGUGACGCAGCUAAAAUUCUACUACCUGUUUAUCGCAAAUUACUUUCAACAAAUAAUAACUGUACCCUAUUGAAAAAAGAAAAAGAUAAAACAAGUAGAACUCAAAGAUUUCAGAUGUACAAUGCAGAACUGUUAUUGGUUCACACGACAAUGAACUCAUUUACUUCACUACCGACACCAACAACCCUACUCGUUGCAACAGCUACUGCUGUUUAUGAUUUGAAAAAUAAGAGAAUACCACCACAACUAAUCUUCAAAUGUAUAUUUUUAUCAUUGUUAUUUCUAUGGGUGGUCGAUCAUAGUAUUGUUUUGGUAGAGUCAUGUCCUGAGUACCCAACACCGAUUCCAUUGGAUCAAUCGAAUCCACUUCUGAUCGAGGCAUACCAACAAGUAGAUCAGAUGAUACAAAGUAGAAUGAAUCAAUACGGUAUCAAAAGUUUUAUUGCAUCUAUUGUAUACCUUGAUGAACUGGUAUGGUAUAAAGCAUAUGGACAUAUCAAUCCACUCGAUAACAGUACCAAUCCAUUAACAAUUGACAGCAAUAUAAGAUUAGCAAGUAUAACAAAGGUUUUCACUGAUAUUAUGAUGUUCCAAUUGAGAGACAAAGGAUUGUUGAAUUUGGACGAUGAACUCGUUAAAUAUAUUCCAGAGUUUAGCAUUAAUAAUCCGUAUCCAACGAAACGUGGAAUAACACUACGUGAGUUAGCUUCACAUCAAAGUGGACUGCCUCGUGAAAUUCCGUGUCAGUCAAACGAAGAAGGAACAUCAGCCUGUACGGAGCAGCUGAUACUUCAACGUCUUUCCGACCAAUACCUUAUACUACCGCAAUACUCUAUCACCCAUUAUUCGAAUCUCGGUGUUUCACUACUUGGUCAUGCAAUGGAGCGAAUCGAAGGAGUCAACACAUACCAACAGUAUAUCACCGAAAAUAUUCUCGAACCACUUGAAAUGAAAAGUACAACAUUCAACUACACUGAGAUUCAAGAUAAUUUAGCGCGUGGAAUCAUUCAGUUUUCGAAUGGCAGCUAUAUAGAAUCACCGGUUCUACCGAUAGGAUGGGGUGCACCUGCCGGUGGAUUGUUUAGUACCGGUCGUGACAUGUCGAAAUUCAUGAUAUUCCUGCUCAAUUCGCUGUACAGUAACAGCAACAACUAUGUGAAUGGCAGUAAGUACUUUAACAUUCUCGAUCCAUCUACUUUAAACGAAGCACAAGAAGCAAUUGCUUUGAUUCAAGAUGGUUCAUCGGCGUAUGGCACUCCAUUCGAGAUGUACUACAACCAAGACAAUCAGAUAUGGUCAAAGAACAAACUAGGCAUUCAAAGUGGCUACACUGUCAACAUGGCACUGAUUCCACCAUUCCAAAUCGGUCUGUUCUUUGGCGCCACUCUCAAUAUUGACUCUGAAGAUGUAUUCACCAGUGACGCCCUUGAUAUUCUACUGCCUGUUUAUCAAAAGCUACUAUUAAACAAUUCCCUGUCACAUAAUAAUAACCACAACAAAAAUAAGCAUAAGCAUAACAAAGAAAAAGAUAGAGCAAGUACAAGCUUAAAGAUGUCAUAUAUGGGAUUAUAUAAAGAUAAUAGUACAGGUAUAGAAUGUAGAAUUGGAAUGUAUAAGAAUCAACUUACUCUGCAAUUCUCUGGCUCACUUUAUAGUGUCAAUGAGUUCAAGUCAUCGCUACCACUGAUACAAAGAAUAUUGCUCAUUGAUACAGAUACAAUAUGUAAAACUAUUGUCGACUCAUACAACAAUGAACUCAUCUACUUCACCACCGACACCAACAACCCUACUCGUUGCAACACCAUACUGAUAGCAGGACAGACUUUACAACUCAUUACUGAAGAUCCAAACUACAUCACUGGACAGAAAAUUAGAUUGACGCAAUAA